AUGACUGGUUUAAGCUACUACAUACCAACGACGGCUGAAUGGUGUGGCUCCAGGCGAUUUCAGGCUUCAGCUCAAUGUACUCAUAAACAAUGCUUCUGCAUGGACCAGGAAAUAUUUGGCCAGAUCGCUAGAAUCACGGAUCACCUCUACCUAAGUAGCCUUCAGGCUCUCACACCAAACCGUCUGCGCCAACUGGGAGUAACACAGCUGAUAUCCGUCAUGGCAGACCCAAUUCCAAGCGAGGUUACAGCCCAAGUUGAAAGGCAUACGCAGAUCCCCGUGGAGGAUAUCGACUAUUCCAACCUUCGGAGGCAUUUCGACGAGGUGGCGGAUCGGAUUGCUCGUGAAGCGCGUCGUGGGGGCAAAACGGCAGUGCAUUGCAUGGCUGGAGUUUCGCGUUCGGCUACAAUGGUACUAGCUUACCUAGUGAAGCACCAGGGGAUGAGCCUCUUUGAGGCCUACAAGUAUGUCCUCUCGAUUAGGCCGUGCAUUCAUCCAAACAUCGGUUUUUGGAGGCAACUGAUAGCCUAUGAAGAAGCUCACCGUGGCUAUAGAUCUAUGCGAAUUGCCAACGACGGUGUUUCUCACUCAACUACUUAUCCAGCAUCCUCAGACGGAGUGGACUGGAUUUAUCCCGCCACCAAACACCGGUCUCGAGGUCGGAAAUAUUGGAGCACCAAUUAG